GUUGACUUCCCGGUGCAGUCACGUGACUCGGGGUGGUUACGCGCUCGCGUCUCGGAGUCUCUCACGGUGAAGUCCCGGCGGAGGUGGAUUUCACUCCUGUUCGCUACCGGCGUGACAGCUGAAGACAUGACUGAUGAAGGGGGAACACAACGAGCCCCCCUUUUCGACCGGAAUGGCGUUCCGGCCGCGACCGCCACCUCGGUGGAUGUGGACACGGCCAUCGUGCUGCUCGGAGCCGGGGUGACUGCAAUCACACAUCCCCUACUUUAUGUAAAACUGCUAAUUCAGGUUGGACAUGAGCCCCUAGUUCCCACGCCGGGGACCACCAUGUUUGGGAGGAAAGUCCUCUACCUACCUGGCUUCUUCUCUUAUGCGCGCCAUAUCGUGAAGGUGGAUGGCAAGCGGGGGCUUUUCCGUGGCCUGCCCCCCCGACUCGUGUCCAGUGCCGUCUCCACUGUGGUUCGCACCAAGGUCAAGCAGGUGGUCCCCAGGGAAGAUGUGGAGCACGUGUCCAACCGAGACGACCUGAAGACGUCCCUCAGGAAAGUUGUCAGAGAGACCUCUCAUGAGAUGCUGGUCCAGUGCCUGUCUCGGAUUGCUACACAUCCCUUCCAUGUCAUCUCUGUCCGUUGCAUGGCCCAGUUUGUGGGCAGGGAGGUCAAGUACAGAGGCCUACUCAGCUGCAUUAUCAAGAUCUUCCAGGAAGAGGGCGUGUCUGGCUUUUUUGUAGGUCUGGUGCCUCACAUCCUGGGCGAGGUCAUUUUCCUGUGGUGCUGCAACCUCUUGGCGCACUUCAUCAACACCUACGCUGUGGAUGACAAUUUCAGCCAAGCGCCGGCGGUCCGGAGCUACACCAAGUUUGUAAUGGGGAUCGCCGUCAGCGUACUAACCUACCCCUUCAUGCUGGUGGCUGACCUGAUGGCGGUAAACAACUGCGGCCUGGCAGCCGGCCUUCCCCCUAACCUGCCCAUCUUCAGGUCCUGGAUCCACUGUUGGAAACACCUGAGCGCACAGGGGCAGCUAUUCCGAGGCUCCAGCUUCUUCUUCCGCAGAGUGCCUAUUGCAAAGGCCACCGUGGCCUUGGAAUGACCCUAGAACCACCUAGUCCACGUCCCUCCACCCUACCCAGUGUCGCUCUGCCGGGGCGUAUUCCAGUUUGGUGGUGACGCCGGGGAAUACCUGGCCAAUGAAUGAUCACAUGGUCAUCACUCUUCAGUUUGAUUGGAGCACCUCCUCGGCAGAACUGCAUGUGUCUAACCUGAUGUGGCCCCUUCCCGUUGAUAGUCCUUCAGGGUGUGGUGACUAGAGAUAUUCAUCACCAAGGAGAUAGCAUUGUAUUUCUGUCUGACGUUCCUCCGAUUUUGUUUGUCCAGCUCCCCGCAUGAAGGUGUUUUUGGUUCCCUAAUUGGUACUUAGCUUGUGCUAACAUGAGCCGAGGAGCAGAGCUGCUCCUGCUUCCUUGAAACAAGGAAGGUUCUGCCCAGUUUUACUUUAAACUAUUUGAAUGGCCCUUAGUCUCCAAAAUGCAUCAUCCUGGGUCAAUCUAUGUGACAUAAUGCUCAACCUGAAUUUUUAUGUAUAAAUAUAGGAAGAUCAUGCGCUCUCAGAAAAAAUGGUCCAUUUUUGUACCUUUGCUUGACACUGGGGCUGCACACUUGUAAUUGUCCGGUUUAAGGUACAGAAAUGGCCUCUGAGGAAGAUCCCAAAGGUACAAAAAGCAUUACUGUACUAUCAAUGGUACAGAAAUGUUUCUCAUCGUCCAUUUUUAUACCAUAAAUGGUACAAUUACCUACAGCUAAGGGUACAACUGGCAGACCCUUGAGGGUACAGCCCCAGUGACAAGCAAAGGUACAAAAACUUGCCCUUUUUUCUGAGAGUAUAGGGAGGAGAUAAAAAAUAGAUUUCAUGUAGUGCAGGAAUGGCAAAAGAAAACACAAAUCUGACACAUUCUCCACCACUCUGUCUGUGUUGGAGGUUUAAGGUUUUUCUGAUUUUUGCUAUUAUAAGAGCUUCAGAGGAAGCUCUUGGUUCAUCUGGGGUCAGCUUGAGGUCCGGGUUAUUACUGUGGGGUUUUCAUCAGACACUAUGGCCAGCAGAGUCUGUGCUGAGCUGGACACAGUCAUGCUUACCUGAGACUAAGGCUACAUUCACACUUCUACGUUUUUGUAUAAAAACGCAGACAUUAGUCCGCGUUUUUGCCUUUCGUCCGCACUACCCCAAAAACAGACGUUUGACAACGUUCACAGAGCUGUAUCCUUCUGAAAAUUCCAUUUUAACGAUGUAGUGUGGAUGAGUGAAAACAGAGAUUUGAAAACACAGACCUUAGGAGCACACUAAUUGGUCUCAUCAGAUGGCCCAUUGAUGAUUUGGUUCUGCUAGUUGCACUCUUUGUCUGACUGGUCAGAUGCUGGUCACCCUACACAGAGGUAAACAGUAUCGUAACAUGCCGGCUAUGGAGAAACCGCUUCCAGUAGCGCGAUACGCAGUGCAACUGCUGCAUAUUUCUGCAAAAAGAGACAAAUUUGCUGGUUGUUGAAGCACGCAUGCCCAAUGUAGGCUAAUAGCAACAUCAUAUACAUUUCAUUUCAGUGUGGAUGGAAAUACUUUUAUAAACAAUUUGGAAACGUCUGUGAGGAUUAUGUUGUAAAACUUCAUUUUUUAAACAAAAACAUAGCAAUGUGAAGGUAACCAUGGUGACACCUGUCAGAAGCUAAGAGUGACAUUAGCCCCCCCCCCCCCCCCCCCCCCAUCUCAGGAUCAGCCUGGAGAAUAGCCAUGCCCAGUGUAGAUAAGAGUAACACUACACUGAGCCAAAACCACGCCCAGAAACGGCUAACGCUGCAUUAAGCUGGUCACAGUCCAUGCCCACAUUGUCCUUAAAGCUGCCGAAGCCACACCUUGCUCGUGUGGGAGGGUGAAAUGGUCUCGGGCGCUGGGGCGGGAAAGGGCAAGCCAAGUUCAGGCGGUCAUGACACCAUGGGCUCCAGAUCAGAGGUGGAUAGUCCAGGUCCGGAAAGUAAAAAUCCUGACCAUGAUUUUGUUUCAACCAACCAGUUGGGUAUAGAGAACAGUCACAGAUUGCUCAACUGGUUGGUUAAAGCAAUAUCACGGUCUGGAUUUUAACUUUCUGGACCUGGACUAUCCACCUCUGCACCAGAUAGCACAAAACCCUCUCUCUGUACCAGAAACGUUGCUGAGUUAGCAGCGUUCAUGCAGAUUUUCUGUACGUAAAUAUACCUGGCGGGACUCUGUUUGGCCAUUCUGCCAGUUCCUUUCCAAACCUGUCCCCGCUGCUCUUAUCGUACAGCGUUACAGAGGCCGGCACAGUGCCGUGUCGUACCGUAACAGCUACUCUGCCCUCUACAGAUCUCACUUUUCCAUCACGUUGACCCCAUAACUUACUGGCUUUUUCUCCAAUGACCUACACUGAAGGUAAUUUUGAGGAAUUUUAUUUUUAUUUGUAAAUGCCAUAAAGAUAAAUGAAUAGUAUUCCUGUAUAUAAAACGUGUCUGUGUGUGUGAGCUUGUUUUGAAUCUGAAUCCUGGAGAUCAGUGAAUUCAGAACAAAUGAAAAUGUUAUCUUUGUUCCGGUAACUUCUGUCUUUAGGAAUGCCCCUUUGGUGUACAUCAUCCAUAAAACUAGCUGACUUAGCUUUCUCCUAUUGCGGUUGUUUGGUGCUUCUGGCUACUUCCUCCUCUUACUUUCUCCUCCAAACUGAUAAUAAAACUAAAUCAUUCCCAGAAGGAAAUUAUUGCCCAGGUCAAAGGUCAUGAUGGCCAAACUCCUCCCAACCUGACCAGUAUCCAGACUGUUGUAUUGGACAAAAAGGAAGGGAUGGACUGGCCUUUUGUUACAACCUUUUGCAUUUUCCUCUGCGUACUGAAGGGUCCCUCAUCCAACUCUUAGUAGUACAAGGGGCCCCCUAUUGGGCCUGACAUAGACACUUACCAGGUAGAGACAACAGAGUAGUGACUAUGGCCAUAUAAUAUGUGGACAACCCUAUUAAUGACAGUAAUUGUCCAAUUAAGCCAUACCCACUGGUGACACACAACUAACACUGGCGGCGGAAUAGGUGGUUGUGUAGAAUAGAUUAGUGACUUUGCACUUGGCACCCUUAUAGGAUGCCGUCCAACAAGUCAGUUUGACGCAUUUCUGACAUGCUGGAGAUACCCUGGUCAAAUGAAGCAAUUGUGAAAUGGAAACAUCUGGGUGCAAGUUCAGUUGUGAAGUGGUAGAAAGACGAACUCACAGAAAGGAACCUGAUCGGCGAACAUCAACACCUAACCUGAAAGGCAACAGAUCCUACCAGCAAUGUUCCAACAUCUACUGGAAAGCCUUCCCAGAAGAGUAGAUAUUAUUGCAUCAAUGGGGUGACCAGCUUCAUAUCAGUACACAUGGUUUCAGAAUGAGAUGUUGGACAAGCUGUUAUCUACAUGCUCUCACCCACAGGUGAGAAAUUUGAUACAAGUCAAGCUUAAAUUUCUUUAAGAUAUUUCAUCCUGAGGAACAGUAAUACCUUGGCAGUGUUAGAAGGAUUUAAUUUCUUUGCACAUUCAUUCAGUUUUGUAGGCUGGGCUCACACAUCUGGGGUAAUACUUUUAGGUUUUUAAUCUGUCUUGUUUGUGGUUUAAAAUGCAACUGGAGCUGAAGUGAGUUCUAGUAAAGAGACAAUCAGGACGUAUUAGUGUAAAAGAAGAGAGUUUACUACAGGGUAUCGGGGAAUAUUCCAAAGGAGCGAGCUCUGCUAGAGUAACUACAAACAGCACAGCUAACCUGACCCUUGUAUUUGUAAACAGACCUUGAAUACAAAGGGCUGUAUGAUAUUUGGAUCCACUGAUCUUCCCAUCUUUGCAGUGUUGGUCUUAAAGGAAUGCAACAAAUCUUGUGCCCCCCCUCCCCCCCCCCCCCCCCCCCGCCAAAAAAAAAAACAUAAAUGCAUUCUUUAAGCAUUGAUUAUAUUGCUUGUUCUAACAAGUGGUUGCGUUGCAGUUCAGAAAUCUCAGGGCGCAUUUGCAGCCCUGUUUCCUGUGUAAUAUGUGGUAUUUUGGCCAGUUUCUCAUUCCUGCAGACAUUGUCUCAUUUACGUGUAUGAGUGUUAUCAUCAGGGUCCAGGGGAAAGAUAAUAAAGAUAUUUUGCCAGAAA